ACAGUACAGAAGACAGAACACAGAAGGCAUUCGUAUUUCAGGUUAUAGUGAUUUAGUUUUUCUAAUAUUAAAUUCUACAACUUUUGCCUGUUGGUAUAGAUUAUAUUAUCAUAUUAUCAACUAAUUCUGAUUCUAACUAUGAUAAGUGCUGACGUCGUUGGCAACUUUAGUUCCAACAUGUGCAAUGUAGGCCAUUAGUUUUUCAAACUCAAAGUGCAACAUAUGCUGUAGUGUUGCUAGUAUUUAUGUUUUUCUUGUAGGAUAAGUUACAAUUAUUGAUGACGUCUUUUGGUAAUUAAGAACUUUGUAAAACUAUAUUUCACACCACUCAACUGAUCUCAAACUGCUCACAAAACUCGUCAUACAUUUAUUCUAGAUGUCCCUGUUAACGCUGGAACAGGUUCUUUGUGAAUCAGAAAAGUUGACCGUAAGAUUAACAGAAGACGGCAAUACUUCUGAGGAUCUACUUUGUCAGACGGGGUGUGUCCAAAAGGAAAUUGAUGCCAUGAAACAGUACUCUGAAGAUACGACGGGACUAAACGAGCUGGCCCGUCAACGGCCGCACUCUGUUCUGGUGGCUGGCAUCCAACAGGAGUCACGGCGCCUGCGCGAACUACAACAGGAGAACAGAGAGUUGCGCGCCGCCCUGGAGGACCACCAGAAUGCGCUGGAGGUGAUCAUGUCCAAGUACCGCCAACAUGUGACGCAUCUAGUUCAGAUGGCCCAUCUACAGCAGGUGCCUCAAGUGCGACUGGACCAGCAGUACAACCAGUUGAAGCGACAGUCGGACAAGAUGAGUGAGAUGGCGGCUGUAAUGCGCAUGGCAGCGCAAACCGACGAAAAAGACAGUCUGCAAGACAUCGAGGUGAUCAGCAAGCUGGCCACUGAAAACCAGGGACUAAGAGAAAUUCUGAACAUAUCAGUGAAGUACGGGUCUAAUAAGCAGACAGAUGACUCGAAAACAGGUGAUAAGACAGAGGCAAAAACAGCAAUAGCAGCAGCUGCAGCAUCAACAACAGCAACUACCGAAGUCAAAAUAAAUCAAGAGUCGGCAGUCGAGUCUAGUAGAGUCAAAGUGGAGCCAAAAGCAGGCAGCGAGUCGACGCAGAGUAGUCAGGAGUCUAGUAGAGUCAAAGUGGAGCCAAAAGCAGGCAGCGAGUCGACGCAAAGCAGUCAGGAGUCUAGUAGAGUCAAAGUGGAACCAAAAGCAGGCAGCGAGUUGACGCAGAGUAGUCAGGAGUCAACGACUGGAGUCCAGCCGAGUCCAACCAAACCAGUCGAGUCCAUAAAACAGUCAGUCAAGGAAGAGAGUUUCUGGUCUUAAAAAGACAAUUCUUACCAUUUUUCUGUAAAAUGGGUGUUUCAACGUCAAUUUCCACUUUUCUCUGAACCCGCUUACUAAAGUUUUGGUGUCUUGGGAACAACUCUAUGGCUCAGUUGCACAAACGCAUGUUGAAUUUUAACCGUAAUCAAUGGGUUAUGAAAUGCCAUGAGAACCAAUCAGAGAAGCCUUCAUUUCAAAAAAUGCAGCUCUGAUUGGUUAUCGUGGUAUUUAAUUAUGAUUAAAAUUUAACAGGCUUUUGUGCAACCGGGUCAAUGGGUGUUUUUAACGUCUCUAAACCCGUUUACUAAAGGUUUGGUGUCUUAGGAGUGUGUAACCAUUCAGUCAACCGUACGAAAAUAGUCCAAUGUUUAAACGUCAAUUUCUACUUGACUGAGAACCCGUUUACUAAAUGUUUGGUGUCUUGGAAGCGUGUAACCACUGAGUCAACCGCACGAAAAUAGUCUAAUGUUUUAACGUCAAUUUCAACUUGUCUCUGAACCCGUUUACUAAAGGUUUGGUGUCUUAGGCGCGUGUCAACGCACGAAAAUAGUCCAAUGUUUUACGUAAAUUUCUACUUGACUCUGAGUCCGUUUACUAAAGGUUUGGUGUCUUGGGCGCGUGUCAACGCACGAAAAUAGUCCAAUGUUUUAACGUCAAUUUCAACUUAUUUCCAACAAUUUCCUCUGUCUCUUGUCCUGGUUCCUCCGCUUCUUCUACUGUUUACUUCUUCUACCACUAGUAGCUCUGUGAACAAUAGACCUCAUGCAGUUUUCACAUCCACAAGUAUCUGGUGUCAUCUGUUCACCGGCUUCUCCAGACAUCUGUGUAAUGCAUGCAAUGAAUAAUCCACUUGUCAGCAGAUUGAUUAUGAAUAAUUCUAUAGUCUGAUUAAUCCUUUCUUCAGAGUAGAUGAUAUAUUAUAGUGAUAUCGGAGUAUGGAUAAAAUUCCUUCUACUGUCAUAUUAUCCAAAAUUACAAAAAAACCUUGUGUAUACAUCGACGCAUAGUUAAAAAAGGAAUAUUCCUGCCAAAUCUCAUAGAACUCUAUCGACGCGUUUGGCCGUAAAUGCGUUACAUACAUAUAGACAGAUGAAAGAAAAGUUAAAACAUAGAUGGAACGCAAUUCUUAAUCUAUUAUUUUAUUAGUUUCAAAGGGUACUAUAAUUCUAUUUUAUAAAUAGAAUAGAGUAGCCCUGAAUUCAUUCAUUCUAAGAUCAUCAUUAUGAUUCCCAAUUUCAGUAGAUUCUUAAUUUACCGAGGACAGUUGUAGGCAUAUUUUAAAUUCUUCAAGAUUUCAGUAAGUCAAGUUUUUAAUUUCAUCCUUGCGGAGCACGGGUUACCCGCUAGUUAAUAUGAAUCCAAGUACCUUUGGGAAGGCGGGAAUACAUUUCCCAUGUCCACAUUUCUAUUAGUAUUGCGUAAAGGUGCGUACAGACUGUCGCUCUGCUCCGCAACCGAACGUCACUCCAGCAGAGCGAUUGAUGAUCGACCGGCGAGCAACAGUGGUUCGACCGGGGAACGCGAGAAGAUCUAACAUCUUCCGUAACGUUCAUAAUGGGUGCGUGGGCGGUGCGACUGUGGUUCGAUGGUGGUACGAGGGCGGUACGAGGGAGGAGCGUGCUCGGUGCGGGUUGGAAGCGCGAAUAUGUGUACGCAGCUUAAGACACCAUACCUUUAGUUUAUUCUCUGUGUAAAACAUGCCUGUGUAAAACCUGUAAAUGUUUAUUGUAAAUGAACGAUAAAAGAGCUGAGUAAAAUAAUUGAAAGAAGUAAAAUUCUGUAGUAUUCUUCUUUCUUUAAUUAGUGAUUAGAGAGAUUAUAUCUUCUUUCUCUAAUUGGAAAUUAGAGAGAUUAGAUCUUUUUUCUCUAAUCUUGUCUCUGUAAAGGUGUGUACAGAUUUACGCGCAGCGAACAUGAGCAAUCCACUUUUAAUCAGCUGAUGCCAAGCUUUUUAUAUCUAUAAUAUCCUAUACCGUUUCUGUAAAAAUACAGAUAUAGUCAGCUGAUUAAAAGUGAAUUGCUCAUGUUCACGGCGCGUAUAUCUGUAUGCACCUUAACAGUGAGAAGGGUUCUUUCACUUUAAUCCACUGUGGGGUGAACUGAGCUCUAAAAAAUACGCUCUGCUCGACAAAUUUCUGAUCAUUGUAAUGUUUCUGAAUGUUUUAUAGAUGUUUACUUGUACGACUACAUGAAUGUUUAAAACUAGUGUUUUCUGGCCUCUCAAUUUUUCUGAAUGUUUAUCCUAAGGAUCGAUUACACGUACAAUUUAUACCGAACUUUUGUGUUGAGCGCCUUUUCACCAUAGCACUACGGUGCCUUCAAAAUUUAAAUUUUUUGGUUAUGAAAUUUUACUAAAUGUCUGCACUGUAAGGUUCGACUACAUGGGAAUUUUAAACGUUUAUUUUUUGAAAUUGGUACAAUUUAUAAAAAAUAUUGAAUUGAAGUGGUAACACUAUAUUCCAUGGUAGGCGAAGUUAGGAUUUGAGAGUCUUCUCCACUUCUCAACCUUGUAAUACGUUUGUUUUCGCCUUAAGCUCUGAUAAUUCAUAAUGUGAUUUAAUCAGAAGGUAUGCUUCAUUUAUGAAAAUGUACAAUUUUAUAAAUAUUAAAUUGAAGUGAUGACAUUAUAUUCCACAGUAGGCGGAGUUAGGACUUCAAAAUCUCUACUCCUCAACCUUGUAAUAUUUGUGAUACUUCACCUUAAGCUCAGAUAAAUUCAUAAUGUAAUAUGUGAUGCUUCAUUUUCAUAAUUUAAUACAUGAUAUACGCCAUUAUUGAUAAUAAAAUAAUGUGAACUACAAUGAAUAGGGAUGUAAAUCUACUAUUGGUUGAAAGGGUUUUGUAAAUAACUUGAUGGCCCGGUUGCAGAACAGCCGGUUAAAUUUUAACCGUGAUUAGUUUCACGAGAACCAAUCAGAGAAGGCGUUUUUGAAAAGACGGCUUCUCUGAUUGGUUCUCGUGGAAUUAAUCACCGUUAAAAGUGCAACCGGCACUAAGAAUAUCUUCUAGAAUGGAUAGAUUAAAUUGUUCCAAGAUGAACUGAUUAUAAUGAACUGUAUAUUCAAGCCAGCGAAAGGUCCACUUAGCUCACUUUAAAAAUAUCUUUCUGAACAGAUUGAUCAAAUUGUUUCAAGAGAAACUGAUAGAGUUUUCAACUGUAUAUUAAAGCAAGCUAUUGGAACUUUGCAAGCGAAAGGUCCACGUAGCUCACUUUAAAAAUAUCUUUCAGAACAGAUUGAUCAAAUUCUUUCAAGAUGAACUGAUAGAGUCUUUAGCUGUAUAUUAAAGCAGGCUAUUAGAACUUUUGAGAGGUCCACGUAAAUCAACUUGUAAAAUUUCUUUUAGAAGGAGUUGGUUAAAAUUAUUGUCUCACAGAUAAUGUUUACAAGUUUGUAUUCAAGCUGGACCCUUUGAGUGUUCCAUAACAGUUUCUUGAUCAUUUCAAACUUUAGAUUAUUUGUAAAACGUUUUAAACGCCCAUGUGUUUAGAGCCUGAAUUUCGACCAAAUUUUCGACCACUCAAAUUUCUCUGUCUUAUAACUUCUUAAUGUAAUUGAGCUGUUAUAUUUAAACCAUAAUUUGAUUAUAAGAUUAACGAUGAAUCAACUUGACUGUGUCUUUCUGAUUAGGUUUCUCAAUUAAUAUUCUAAGUCCAAUUAUCGAAUUUUCCAGCCUAAUAAUGUUAAUGUUGGGUAAUUUAUGUAUUAAUGUCUAAUACUUUUUCAUAGCUGGUAUAUGUCACUUUAUAAGUGUGUGAAUGUCAAUCAAUUAUAAUGUUGUAAUAUUGAAAAUGUUUUUAUAAAUACCUAAUCUAUUAAAA